GGAGGUUCUUCACUCGUCGGACACAACCUCAUCAUGAGCGCAGUAAGAUUAUUACAACUCAAUGCCAAAGCGUAUACGAGCUUGGUCAUUCACAGAUCUGCUCUUAGUACCAUGAGACCUAUGGUCUCCAAUUUCUAUCAUUUUCGAACACGCUUCAGGACACCACAAAUCACUUCUUCGAUAAUAGUGAAUCAACCUUUCAAGCAUUCAAGAAGCUAUUCAACUAAAACUUCUCCUCCGCCACCCCCUCCGCCAUCACCCUCAAAGGAUAAAAAUGCUAAAGGCAAAGUGUUCCUCAACAGAAUAUCACGGGCUUUCACAUUCUCUUUAUCAACGGUAAUUGUUAUUGGUGCUUCUGGAGUCGCAUUGCUUGUUGUGUACUUGAUAUUAUCCGAAUUAUUUCUACCAUCUGGAGACACAAAGACGUUCAACAAGGCUGUUAAGCUUGUAGAAAAAAAUGAGCAAGCUAGAGCCCUCAUGAAACUUACCAGUGGCGAACGGAUCAGAGCUUACGGUGAAAGUGUUUCUGGUAAAUGGGUGAGAAACAGACCUGUCCAAAGUGUUAGAAUGAGAGACCAGGAUGGCGUGGACAGAUUGGUGAUGAAGUUUCACGUAGAGUCGGAUGCCUGUAUGCAUGGUACUGUGUCUCUUGAGCAAAUUGACCAAUCUUUCUGGAGUUCAGAGUUUGCUUAUAUUGCAUUGGAUGUUCCCAAAAAGAACAGAAUCUACAUCAUCGAACCCAAAUUCCAGGCCAAGAACUACGUGCCUAAGAUCACCCGACAAUCGGGGUUCUUGGGACUCAAAUGGGGACCAAAGAAAGACUAGUCUUAUAUUACUUGUACAUAUAGUCAACCACUCUCAUACUCAAAUAAAAUACUUGAGAACU